UGAAGAAGCCAUUUCUCAGCAGUCACGAUACUGGGAUCUAUAGCCUUGUCGUCCGCUCUCGUGACGAUGCAUGCCAGGUCUUCCUGUUGAUUGUGGGAUCCCUGUGUCUUUGGUAAAUUCAAGAUGGAUGCCGACUUGUUGGGACUUCUUCAAAAUGACGAAACUUAUAAGCAGUUUUUGGAGGAAGAAUUCGACGAUCGAGGAUAUGCUAACAGCAUCAUUCAAGGUCGAGCAAUCAGUGAAUCUUUGGCAAAACUAGCUGACGGAGUCAGUUUACUCGAUAAAGAACUACAUGCUCAGGUUGUAGCUCAUCAUGAUGACUUACUUCAACAAGCAACAGGAAUUGAAACAUUGGAAGGUGUUUUGCAAAUGAUGCAAGGAAGGAUAAACUCUCUUAUGGCAUCUGUAGGAAGGAUACAGCAACAGAUCAAUGAACCUUACAACAAAAUUGAAUCAAGAACUGCUCAACUAAGACGGCUUCAGGCUGCCUGUGAUAUUUUGAGAAGGGUUAUCAGGAUUCUUUACCUUACCAAGAGAUUACAGGCACAGCUAGAUGGUGGUGUUAGGGAAAUCACAAAGGCAGCUCAAAGUCUAUGUGAACUUGACUACCUUCUACAAGGUGCUGACUUGACAGGAAUCAAGGUGGUUGAAAAUGACAUGAAAAUGAUACAAGAUGCAAAGAAGCAAAUUAUAGCUCAAGCACAGAAAAUGCUUGCACAAGGCAUAGAAGCUCAGAAUCAAACGCAGGUUGCUACAGCCUUACAAGUGUUUCAUAACCUCGGCUCAUUGGCAGCCACAGUAGACAAUACCAUUGAUAAAUUAAGAAACAAUCUAAGGAAGAGCAUUAGUGAUGCAUUUCAAGCCAGCAUUACAUCGCAAUCUCAAGGCUCAGGACAAACAAAUACAGCUGCAAUGAGAGCGACACUAUGGACUAAAAUGGAAAAGUUAAUGGAUCUGAUUUAUUCCUCAUGUGCUCAGGUAUAUCACUUGCAAAAGGUACUGGCCAAGAAAAGAGACCCUGUCACUCAUGUUUGCUUCAUGGAGGAAUUAAACAGGGAUGGUAACAGUUCUGUCAAUACAUUUUGGAAAUCACUCACAGAGAUUCUAUCAGAUGAAUUUGCCAGAGCUGCUAGAGAUUCCACAUUUCUUAAACAAGCCUUUGAAGGUGAAUAUCCUAAGGUAUUAAGACUCUACAAUGACCUGUGGUCCAGACUACAGCCAUUUAGUACAAGCACCAAAAGUUCAUCUGUAGUAACAACGAGUGAAGUCUCUUUUGGUUUGUUUCAAGCAAGUGAUUCAUCGGAAAUCAGUGCUGAGCAGGCAUUAAAGAAGAGUUUGUCAGUAUUUGAAACUGCUUACCUAUCAAGAUCGCUAUCAAGACUCUUUGAUCCAAUCAAUUUAGUUUUUCCAUCAGGAGCUCGUAACCCUCCCCCUAAAGAGGAACUCACAAGCAUUGCAAAGACUAUUGGCAGUGAACUGAAUGUUGCUAGUGUCGAUGCUGGGCUUACUGUCACUGUUGCUAGGAAUGUCGCUAAGACAGUGGAUAUGUACACUGCCAAGUGUGAGCAACUGCUUCCUAGUGCAUCAGAAGCCGGUCAAAUCCACGGCACACCAACAAGUGGACAACUACGAAGUGCUGCCAUUGUUAACAGCCUUUAUCAACUAUACCAGGCUGUUGCUAAGAUUGUCGAUAACAUAAAAUCUCCACCCGAUGUAGCAGUCGAUGCAAUACGAACUGCUCUUGAGGGAAUGGUAUCACUUAUCRAUGAGGCACUGGAUCCUUUGGUUAAAGCAGUUAUGAUAGAGUUGGAAAAUCUUAUAUACCGAGUACAUACUGAAGACUUUACAAGUACGUCAUUGUCUAAGUAUAGCGAAAAGGUCCCGGAUGCACCAUGUUCUUCAUACAUUAAAGACAUUGAGGACUUUAUUCUAAGCAUCCAAAGAAACCAUGCGUCAUUAUACGAAUGUAAAGAGCUGCUCAUGGCAAGGUUGGAACCGAUAGCAAGUCGUGUCUUGGAGUUAUUCGUGCGACAUACAAGUUUAUURAGAAAUAUAGGUGAAGGAGGAAAGCUAAAACUAGCUGCUGACACGGCGCAGAUUGAGUUUGCUGUCGGUCCCUUUUGCCACAAGGUKUCUGAUUUAGGCAAACCUUACAAACUAGUAUAUUUAUUAAGAUAAUAUUGACACUAAAAAAUCGCCCGAAACUGACAAUAACGUUUAACGUUUCGGGGGGAGGGGGUAACAGUGAACGACUUUGGGAGGGAGGGUGGCAGAUWAUUUUUCGUGAAUUUUUACGAGAACAAAUAUUUAAUUGAACAUCAAUAACAAGUGAACUAACGAAACAAUUUAUUAAAAGCCAAAGCAAGUACAAGAAUCAGUGUAAACCUAGUCCUAAGGUGUUUUCAAAAGGAAUCCUUUUUUAUUAUAUUAGAAAAAUUAUUGGAUGCUCAGGAUGAAUAUUUUGAAAAUGGGAAUAGGACGACUAUGCUAUUGCUAUAUGUACAUGUGAAAUCAAAACCAUAAAAAAGAGAUUAAACUAAUGACAAAAUGUUCUUA